GCAACGGGUUGUACGAUGGCAGAGACCUUCCGCCGCGCCGUCCUCGACCAGCCCGCGAUUGCAUCGCUGGUCUUUGCGUUCCAGUGUGGUCUCUAUGCAGACGUGCGCCAAGCCUUCCGCGCCUGCGACGAGCUCGUCGAGUUCAGCCGUCUUUUCUACGAGUGCGACGUGGCCUUCCCCGAGGCGUUCGCGCCACACACCGUUUGGGAUGGGCGCUUGACGCUCAUACCCGAAGAGUAUUGUCUCGGCGGCAAUGGAUACGACGACCGCUUGCCUCUGCAUGUGGCCAUCUACGAAAACCUUGCUUUGCUGACCGAGCGCAUGCUUGAAUGUCGUCCAGACCUUGCCUCGGAAGACGCCAUUAUUUUGGCGUUGCAGAGCUGUCGCCCCGAGAUCGUCGAGCUUCUGCUCGAGAAGCGGGAGACCGUACCAGAGCUCCGUCAGGGCAACAACCUCGUGCAAGUAGACGGCACCGUGUUGCGCAACCGGAACAUUUCGACGACAUUUUUGUCCAGCAUUUUGGAACACACAAACUCGAGCGGCGUCGAGAUGCUCCAGCGCUUUGGCCCACGCGCCACCGACUUUGAUCACAUCGACAAGCAGAUGGCCACCGCCAACGCGACGCUCGACAACUUGGCACUCGCCCUCCAGCUCUUUCCGUGGCUCUUCUACCCAGAUCUCUU